CUACAACUGGUUCAUUUUCAGCAGGCAACUACACCAACCAAAAUCUCCCCCCUCUUCGUUGUGGUAGUCUCCAAGUACUGCGCACCAAGAGAUGCACCGUCCGUUCUUCGUCGUGCUCCUUGUCUUGCUCCACCAUGAAGCCAGCUACUCCUCCGCCGCCGUAGCUUCCGGCUGGUGCCGCCGCCGGUGCGGCGGCACCAUCGUCCCCUACCCUUUCGGCUUCUCCGCCGGCUGCCCCAUCGUUCUAUCCUGCGACGUCAACACCUCUACGGUGACCAUCCCAUCCAUAGGAGGAGACGACGGCACCUCGUACCGCGUCCACGGCUUCAGCUCCACCGCCUCCACUUUCGUCCUUACCCUCCCGUCGUCAUGCAGCCGCGGCGUCCCCGACGCCAGAAGAACGCUCUCCGGCGCCAACUACGGCGUCACGUCCCGCACCGGCCUGUUCCUCCGCGGCGGAUGCCGCGACAUCAACUCGACCUCGUGCACCGUGCCAGUGCCCGUCAUAUCAAGGCUGCUCCGCACAGCGCAGUGCGGCGACAACGAGACGGCGUCGGCCGCCGGCGGCGUGGUGUGCGUCGCUUCCAACUCGCCGAACGCCACGUCCGCGGGCGUUUUCCUGAAUUGGGAUAAGGCGGAUAGUGCAACAUGCGACAACGCGCUGACCUCCGUGCUGUUCGCGGAAACGCCAGAGGGGGCGGUGUCGCUGGAGUUCGGCGUGGCUGAGCUGGGCUGGUGGCUCAACGGGACGUGCCGCGGCGGCGCCGAGGGGUGCGCGGCGAACGCGACGUGCACCGACGUGACAACGCCGAGCGGGGCGCCGGGGCACCAGUGCGCGUGCGUGUCGGGGAUGAACGGCGACGGCUUCUCCGCCGGCGACGGAUGCUUCAAAGUUAAGCCGAGUUCUAAGAGGAAACUGGCUAUCAUAGUUGGAGCAGGUGUCCUCGCGGGUGUGGCGGCGGCCGGCGUGCUAAUCCUGCUCUGCAUGGUUCGACGCCGGCGCUCAGCUGGCGGCAACAAGGGCCGGCCGUGCAAAAACCGGCUGGCGGCGAUACGGCAGCUGUCUGAGGCGGCGUCGUCGAGCGGAGUUCCGGUGUACACGUACAACGAGAUGGCGCGCGCGACCAACUCCUUCUCCCACACGCACCGCCUCGGCACGGGCGCCUACGGCACCGUCUACGUCGGCAGGCUCCCGGGGAGCUCGACGGCGCCGCUCGUGGCCAUCAAGCGCCUCCGGUGCCGCCACGACGACGACGACGGCAGGUCGGUGGCGCUGCUCCUCAACGAGAUCAGGCUCAUCUCCUCCCUGAGCCACCCCAACCUGGUCCGCCUCCUCGGCUGCUGUCUCGACCGCGGCGAGCACAUCCUCGUCUACGAGCUCGUCCCCAACGGCACGCUCGCCCACCACCUCCACAACGGUGGCGACACCGGGGACACGCUGCCGUGGCGCGCGCGUCUCGGCGUCGCGGCGGGCACGGCCGCCGCCGUGGCCUACCUGCACGCCGCGCGGCCGCCCAUCUUCCACCGCGACGUCAAGUCCGGCAACAUCCUCCUCGGCGCCGAUCUCCGGCCCAAGCUGGCCGACUUCGGCCUCUCCCGCGGAGGCUUCGGGCCGGAGGACGCCUCGCGCUCGCACGUCUCCACCGCGCCGCAGGGCACGCCGGGGUACGUCGACCCGGACUACCACCAGAGCUUCCACCUCUCCGACAAGAGCGACGUCUACAGCUUCGGCGUCGUGCUGCUCGAGCUCAUCACCGCCAUGAGGGUCGUCGACUUCGGCCGCCCGCCCAGCGAGGUCAACCUCGCCUCCCUCGCGCUCGACAGGAUCGGCAAGGGGAGGGUCGAGGAGAUCGUCGACCCGGCGCUCGUCGGCCACGGCGAGGAGUGGGUCAUGGAGUCCGUCCGGCACGUCAGCGAGCUCGCAUUCCGGUGCCUGGCAUUCGACAAGGACGUCCGGCCGUGCAUGAGCGAGGUGGCCGAGGAGCUGCGCCGGAUCAGGGACGCCGCCCCCGAGUCCGGCAUAACGAGCCCAGUCGCCAACAUGGCUGACCAGGACACGACGGCAAAGAAAGCCCGGUCGCCGGUGUCGGUGCAGGACAUCUGGACCAGCGACCAGAGCUCACAGUCGACCAACGGCUCCAUGCCACGCUUUGCGUAGCUAUGCCGCUAAUUGAGCUCGCUCUCGUACACUCCAAGUAUACCAAAUGUAAUCUAAACAUUUUUUUGGUUGGGCUGAAGUGUUUCAUGAUGAAGAUUGCUGUACAGUUACGAGAUGUUGCACUAGCAGCAGCAGUUCAAUUCAGUUCAGGAACAUCACACAUUUUGAAGAGGGGGGAAUACCGACAGCAUCAUAAGAAUUAGCAACUUUGGGAUGAUCAGUGUAACAAGAUUAACACAAGAGCAGAGACUUGUGUUUUACAAACUUUGGUUUGACCAUUUCAACAAGAUUAACACAAGAGCAAAGACUUGUUUUGCAAACUUUGGUCUGAUCAUUGAUCGACACAAGAGUACACAGACUUGUUUUUGCCACAGCAUUGGUGAUACCUACAAGGGUUUUACAAGCUGCAAAAUUACACGACUUAUCCGAACUUUGUUUCCUCCACCAAUAGCGCUGGACCACACAUAGAACUUAUCCACACCAGGCUGUUCCUAUAAAUGCUGGAUCCAUGGAGACCGGACGGAGGCACCAUCUAGUCCAGAACAGCAUAACUACACUUACCAACACAGGGGUUCAGGGAGCACCUGAAGAAGAACACUACAAGAUGUGCUAUAAGGUGGAGUGCGACAAGUGCGGCAAGUUCACCUGGAAGGGAUGUGGCCAACACGUCAAGUCCAUCUAUGACGGCAUUGAGAAAGGGAAGCACUGCACCUGCAAGGAGUGGCCAGGUGUUGACGCCAAGGCAUUAGGAUCGACUUCGACAGCCAAAGAAGGUGAAGCAAAAGCCUGAAUUCAUGCACCCGUAUUGCUAGUUCUGCAACUAUUGGACUGAAGGAGAUUGCAGUUUCGAAUAAAGCUAGCUUGCCGCUGCUAUAAUAUGCUUGUAUUUGUUCCCAACUUCUUCGGUGAAGUGUGAUUCCAGUACUCUAGUAAUGUAUUCUGCAGUUAAUUGAUAACAUUAUCUUGGCUGGAGAUACAAAUCAGUGCUGGGUUCUAGAGAGAGCUGGAAAAUCUCAGCAAACUCUUUAAUCAACGACUCAUAAGCUAUAUCCAUCAGUUCUGCAUCAUUAAGUUCCCUUCCA